AUGAUCAUGGCAUCUGCCUUUUACAGCCCAUCGUGUAAACCAAGUGCUCCUGGUACAUGCAAACCACCUACAGCUGCUGCUGCUGGCGGCGGCAAUGGUAUCCAUGCCGUAGCGAUUACUCGCAGCAACUGGAGGUGCAGGAAUAUGGCUACAGCGAGUGGUGGAGAGACGACUGUGGCCGCGGCCGGACGCCGGCGAGAGAAGAAGGACGUGGUCGAGGGGGAGGAGGAAUGGCGGAGCUACCUGGCGCCGGAGAGGCUGGAGGUGCUUCGCCAGCUGGAGCCGUGGGUGGAGGAGCACGUGCUACCGUUGCUCAUGCCGGUGGAGGCGUCGUGGCAGCCGUCCGACCUGCUGCCGGACCCGGCGGCUCUGGGCAGCGACGGCUUCCACGCCGCGUGCCUCGAGCUCCGCGCGGCGGCGGCGGAGGUGCCGGACGACCUCCUCGUCUGCCUCGUCGCCAACGCGGUCACGGAGGAGGCGCUGCCCACGUACCCGAGCGGGCUGAACCGCCUCGAGGUCGUGCGGGACGCCACGGGCGCUGACGCCACGGCGUGGGCGCGCUGGAUCCGCGGCUGGUCCGCCGAGGAGAACCGCCACGGCGACGUGCUCAACCGCUACAUGCACCUCUCGGGCCGCUUGGACAUGCGCGAGGUGGAGCGCACCGUGCAGCGCCUCAUCCGCGACGGGAUGGUGGUGCACGCGCCGGCGAGCCCGUUCCACGGCUUCGUCUACGUCGCCUUCCAGGAGCGCGCCACCGCCAUCGCGCACGGCAACACGGCGCGCCUCGUGGGCGCGCGCGGCGCCGGGGACGCCGCGCUCGCGCGCAUCUGCGGCACCGUCGCCGCCGACGAGAAGCGGCACGAGGCGGCGUACACCCGCGUCGUGGGUAAGCUCUUCGAUGCGGACCCGGACGCCGCCGUGCGCGCCAUGGCGUACAUGAUGCGGCGCCGGAUCGACAUGCCCACCGCCUUCAUCAACGACGGCCGCCACAGCGGCGGCGACUUCUACGCUCGCUUCAUCGCCAUCGCGCAGCAGGCCGGCACGUACACGGUUUCCGACUACCGCGGCAUCCUCGAGCACCUCAUACGGCAGUGGGGCGUCGAGGAACUUCAGGCGGGGCUCACCGGCGAGGGGAGGCGCGCGCGGGACUACCUGUGCGCGCUGCCGUACAAGAUUAAGAGGAUGGAAGAGAAGGCCCACGAUAGAGCAGUCAAAGCAGAGAAGAAACCCACACCCAUCCCCAUCAACUGGAUCUUCGAUAGGACCAUUCCUGUCAUCCUGCCUUAA